AUGAGCUCCACUGGAAACGGAGAGUACGGUGGUGCCAUCAUUGACUGCUUGAGCAUGGGACGUGCUUUUGACAUCGUGGGCGAUUCGAUAAUUUCGUUCUACAAUGUCACAAUGGUGAAUUGUGUGAACUCCAUCGGCGCAGCUAUCUCUGUCAGACAGUCCAUUGUUUACAUGGACUAUGUCAAGAUAUCCAACUCCAAGAGUGAUAUGGGCACCAUCUACCUAAACCAUUCCAGCCUCUACAUGUCCACCAGUGUCUUGACCAACAAUGUGGCAUUGAACAGUGGAGCCUCGCUCUAUCUGGCCAGUAGCACUGCCGAGAUCACCAACUCGACACUCGCCGGAAAUACCCGUGUGGUGAUGAUUCCCAAUCCAAGAUUCGAGGAGAACCUGCUUGUGUCAGCUGGCUCCAGAGUCCAGGUGAUCGGCAAGCCCCCAAUUAGUGUAUUCUGCUCAGCUGACUCGACUGUUGUCGAUGCCAAGGGAGCCUCGCUGUGCACCAACGUGUUGACCGACUCGCCACUCCUGCCCACCAUGCCCAAAUGUGGGGAUCACACCUGUGAGCUGUUUGUCGAGGACUUCUUCUCGUGCCCUGAUGAUUGUAACUCAACCCGCUUCACUGGAAUGCUCCAACAGGACUACCACUGUACCUCGGACAAGUACAAAACUGCACCCUCCUCAAGAGCCGCCAGCAACGUACAGACAUCCCCCUCCGCUUGUUGGAGAACCUUGAUGGCCCAUUGA